AAAAUGAAGACACAGCCCAAAAGAUAGAGCCUGCAGAUCAGCUGGUUGAUUCUUGGGAGUCCAGCGCGUCGGAGGGCGGGCCGCACACUGGGUCGCUCGUGAAUACGUGUGUGACAGAGGCCUCAAAGGAAGAAGCUGGCACUUUGGAGGACCAGGAUGUGGCUGUACUAGAAGAGACGCUGCCUGACCAAAUCCAGUCUUUUAAAGAGGAAGCUGUGGUUCGGGUAGCCAACUACCAUGUACCUCCAGGAGCAGGGGAUAUAGUCAUGAUUCAGUCAGAUCACACUGGUGCUGUGGAUAUCCUUUCAGCUGAGCUGGAGACCGCAGACCUCCUUGGAGAGCAGAGGAAAGCUCAGCCUCCCCCUCUGGCUCCACCCACCAUGUGGACCACUGAGAAGACGAAGGAAUUCAAAGCCAAGAUAGGAAAGGAGAAGAAUGGCCGGAUGGUGGUGAAGCGAGGCGAGGUGGUGACGGUCCGCGUGCCAACCCAUCCUGAUGGGAAAUGCAUUUGCUGGGAGUUUGCUACAGAUGACUACGACAUUGGGUUUGGAGUCUAUUUUGACUGGACCACAGUUACUAGCACUGCCAUUACUGUUCAGGUCAGUGAAUCCAGUGAUGAAGAGGAUGAAGAGGAGGAGGAGGAAAUUGAAGGACUCGCCCCAGUCGGUGAUGUGGAAAGGGGCUCCAAAAGCUAUCUGCGGAACCGCUACGGAGAAAUCAUGCCAGUGUAUCGACGGAACAGCCAUCGGGAGGUGCAGGCAGGCAGCCACGAGUACCCAGGCGAGGGCAUCUACCUGCUGAAAUUUGAUAACUCGUACUCUCUUCUCCGCAAUAAGACUCUCUUCUUUCACGUCUACUACACCAGCUGAAGAAACGCGAAGGGGCAGGGGUGGCAGGCAGGUAACAGUGAGUGUAGCAGGCUGCCACCCAGCCCUGGUACCGCCUGAUGGGCACUGCUGUGUGACAGAACCAAGGCACAAUUCUGCUGGCUCCUCU